CAUUUACAAUCUGUAAUUUGUUUCUCUUCCGUUAAACGUUUGGACACUUGAAAAUUUCUCCUAACAUAACCAACAACAACAGGGAAAAAAAACAUUCUCUAAUGGAAAACAUGUUAUCUUCCCUUUUCAUACUGUUAAUUACGACGUUAACAUUACCAUCUUACGCUCAAUCGGUUCCAUGCGCCAAGUUCAAAUUUGGAGUAACAUCAAGCGCACCAGUCAAUGGCUAUAAAAAAUGUAUUGAUCUCCCGGUUUUAAGUUCAGCCCUACAUUACAGCUACGACCCUUCUGUGGAAACACUCGAGAUCGCCUACCGCCACCCCGGCAUGGGACCGAGCUCCUCCUCAAAGUGGGUUGCGUGGGCCAUUAACCCUACCGCGAAAGGCAUGGUUGGGGCACAAUGUUUGGUGGCGUACAGCCGUCCCAAUGACGGGUCCAUAACGGCAUACACAUCACCUAUUACCUCUUAUGGGACUACCUUAGAAAAGGGUGAGUUGAGUUUCAAUGUGACGGGACUAAAGGCAGAACUUAUUAACGAUGAAAUUAUUAUAUAUGCAACCAUUAAGGUCCCUAAUAAUGGGACAACGCUUAACCAGCUUUGGCAAGAAGGGCCUCUUGCUAAGGGUGAAACUGUUGAGCAGCAUCUGCUUUCGGGGCCUAAUGUUCGUACCAUGGCUUCCCUUAAUCUUCUUUCCGGUGCCCUUGCCCCAGGCAGAGAUCUUGUUUCUUCGUUGAGAAAUGUGCAUGGGAUUAUUAAUGUAAUAAGCUGGGGAAUAUUGAUGCCUUUAGGAUCAUUAAUAGCAAGACAUAUGAAGGCUAUAAUUCCAUCAGCAGACCCAGCUUGGUUCUAUCUUCACGUUGGUUGUCAACUAACUGCAUAUCUUAUCGGGGUGGCUGGGUGGGUCACCGGACUCAAAAUGAGCUCCGGCACACACGCAUUGCUCCACCUCCUCCACAGAUGGAUAGGCAUCUCCCUCUUUUGCAUGGCAACACUUCAGGUGUCUGCUCUAUUUUUAAGGCCACAUAAAGACCACCAGUACAGAUUCUACUGGAACAAAUUCCAUCAUACAGUGGGGCACUUGACUAUCUUCUUCGGCAUCUUCAACAUAUUGCAAGGUUUCAAGAUCCUGAUGCCUGCUACAGUUUGGAUGGUCGCUUACCUCUUCGUAGUUUUGGCAUAUGUCAUUGCCGAUAUCACUUUGGAGGUUAUUGUUUGCAGAAAAAAGCAGUCCCAGGUUUCAGAACAAUAGAAAUAUAUAUAGUCACAUCGAUCUGUUUUUAAUUACGGAGUAACACCAAGGACUAUCAACAUCAACAUUUGAUUAUAUAUACUAGCUUUAACUUUGUUUAGCAGAUUUCUUUUUAUUCUUUUAGAGCCCUGCGCGCAUAUCACUAUAUCAGACAAUAAUGUAUUAUGUAUGGUUAGAGACAGAUCGAGUAUAGCUAAAGCCAAAACUUGUACGGAGUAGAAUCAAUAAUGUAAUGUUCAUAAGGACUAAUUUCUAAUUUCCUAGCUAGCCUCAUUCCAUCA